AUGGCGAUAGUCUCAGCAGGGGAUGAGGCAGCGGAGUUGCUGGCGAUUGGACCGCCCAGCGAGUUUUUGGAAAGCGAUUGGACAGAGUUCGACUGGGCCAAUCGCUGGAACCGCGUGCGUCUGUUUACCCAGGCGGGUGCAGAGCCCUCACAGGCAGUGGAGAGGGCUCUCGCACAGAUGCUCAAUGACGCGCUGGCAAAUGAGGACCCCCUAGUGGCGGCGACGCUCUUUCGUCAGGCCUUCAACCACCCAGUCGAUCGUUGGGGCGCACGCCACAACCGGGAAGAACCACUCAAGAUUGUGGGGGUGCGCGCACUCACCGAUGGGGAAUACGAACAGCUACGAGAAGAAGCGCCCGAUGAGUUGAAACCCGUCCUUGACCACUCGCGUGAGCCGACCGACGAAGAACGCUUACAACUUUAUGAAGACGGUAGAGCUUGCUGCAACCGCAAAAGAAUCCUCAUCGGUAUCGGCGUCGGGUCUGCCGUGGCCGGUACCUUCCUGGCUGCCUGGCUCUCGACGAGGUCGAGGGAGGGUCCCGUCUCGCGGGCCUUGACGGGAUUGAACACGACGGAGACCAGCACCCCUUGGUUCAAUUCCUCCCUGGCGGGCACGACGCCCAACACGACCGCGGGAACUACCACGACGCGGAACAGUACGGAAGCUACCAUCCCCUGGUUCGGUUCCACCGCGGCGUCAAGCACCACGCGGCUACUGAAGCCCAAGCGGCUGCUGGAGCCCAAGCGGCUGCUGGAGCCCCAGCGGCUGCUGGAGCCCAAGCGGCUGCUGGACCCGAAGAUGAAACGGCUCGAGAACCCGUCGACGAUCAGUUCCCUCCUGGACCCGUCGACGAUCAGUUCCCUCCUGGACCCGGCGACGGUCAGUGCCCCCUUAGUCUGGGGUGAUAAGUUCCAGGGCCUGAAUCCGAAGAUCGAACGAACGCAGCUGGGGUCGCUGAAGACGGCGGGCGACACGUGCAAGAACACGGAAGUGUCAUUCCCUACAGCGCCACAAGACCGUUCUUGGACCGUGGACGGCUGGAAGGAGGUGGAUUGGAGAGCGUGCUCUGAGUUGGGUGGCAAGGUGGUAUGUCGAAGAGAUGAGGAUCUUCUGUGCUAUUAUUUCGGGUCGCCGUGGAAUUACGGCCUACCGUCCGUGUGGGAGGGCGUCGCUCGUUAUCACAGACCGAACAGGUGUUCGUUUGAGUGCAACUCUCCAGGGGAACACGAACGGCUUUUGCAGGAGCGGUUGGGGAAGCAGUGGAGCCCUGCAUUCCCCAGUUUGAAGGCAAAUACUCCUGAAGCUGUUCGCGAAGUGGCGCAGAAGGUGCAGCAAACCUUGGAACUAGAGCCGUUAUGUUCCUGGAGCAGCGACGACUGCCGUACGCACAAGUCCCCGAAAGGUUGCUCGUGCAACGUCGCGACCUUACGCAGCGAGGUCGUAACGCCCUCCGGCCAGCGAUUCGACGGGGGCGAGAUUGUCGCGUUCAACGCGGACGCCGACGACCUGACCCCGUUCCUGAGCCCAUUGAAACAGAACGGCUGGGACGCCAAGACCUGCAACUUCACCUGUGAGCGAUUUAACCAUCGUUUCUUCAGAAUAGCUCGAAGGCAGCUGGAGGCCCAUAGAGUUAAAAAUGGAGAAAGGUUGUCCGAGGCAGAGGUGGCUUCAUUGAGACUGCCGUCUUCGACGUGCCAUGACAUUGGGACGUGGAUGCAUUGGAAGGGGGGCCUGGAGACGGAGGAUGGGUGGAAGGUGCGUGACUGGGAUAAGUGCGCAGGCCGAGGUGGCAAGAUGGACCGUUUGGGUAAGGAAUGGAGCACUAUUUUACCCCAUGUGAACACAACUACAACGCGUGAACUUGGUCGGAAGGUGCAACAAACCUUGGAACUAAAUCCCGAAUGUUCAUGGCAUGCCGACCACUGCCUUACCCACUAUCUUACCUACGAACAUCCGGCAGAAAUGGACCAGUGCAACUGUAAUGUUACCACUAUACACUCCACAGUCGCUGAUCCCUGGGGCCAACUCUUCGACGCAGGUGAAGUCGUCCACCUCAACACUAAUAUCGAUAACGUCUACCGGCUUUUGAGCGCAUCAAACCGUCCCGAUUGGACCGUCAGGUCCUGCAACGUCGCCUGCCAGCGAGUCAAUGACUAUAAGUUGUUAGCCACACUGUGUAAUGCCCCGUAA